AUGGAUCCAUUCAAUGAGGUUAAAGAGGAUGCUAUAGUUCAGAUUAAGAAUUUGAGGGAGUUUGUUCGAGUGAACAAGAGUAAAAAUGAGAGUAGGAGUAGGAGUAGGAGUAAUGAGGAGGAGUUUCGGAAUGAGUUUGGUGAGUUGAAAGAGACGAUAGAGGAUUUGAAGGAGAGUGUUGAUAAUUGCAAGAGAAAUCCAUUGGUGUUUGGAAUAAGCGAGGAAGAUAUUCAGAAGCGAGAGGAGAUAAUCAGGAAGUUGAGCAAAGACUGCGAUAAUAUUAAGGCCACAUAUUAUGGUAGUAGUGGGAAUGGAAAUGGAAAUGGAAAUGAGUAUAAAGAUUACAAUGGUGAUAAUGGUGAUAAUGGUGAUAAUAAUAACGAUAAUAAUGAUAAUGGAGAUUACAAUUUAUAUCGAGAGGAACAAAUAAGCCGAAUAAUUGAGGAACAAGAUUAUCACUUGGAUUCUAUAUAUGAUUCUAUGGUGAAUAUCAACGGACAAGCAAGAUUAAUGGGGGAAGAGUUGAAUGAGCAAGAGAUAUUAUUGGAGGAAGUUUCAGGGAAUAUUGAACGAGUUGAUGGAAAGUUGAAAAAGGGAAUGAAAAGGAUCAAUUACAUAUUGAAGAACGACCGAGAUAGGUUGAGCGAUUGUUGCAUAGGAUUGUUGAUUGCGGUUUUGAUAAUAUUGUUGGUAUUGCUUAUAAUACUUUGA